AGCAGUUGAAAAAGGGAAAGAAAAAAAUUUGGCUAUGAAAACCCACUAGUCCACCUCUAAAUCACAAAUUGCGCAACUAAUAAGUCUAGAAAGAGAGAGAGAGAGAGUGUGUCGAUAGAGAGAAAAAUGGCGAGAUUCACGGUGUUAAUUGCGGCGGUGAUACUGGCUUUUGUAGUGGCGGCGCCGGUGCCGGAAGUGACGGCGAAGAAGUAUACAGUCGGCGACAACAAGUUUUGGAAUCCCAACAUUAACUAUACCAUCUGGGCUCAGGGAAAGCAUUUCUACCUCGGAGACUGGCUCUAUUUCGUGUUCGACAGAAACCAACACAACAUUCUUGAAGUAAACAAGACCGACUAUGAAAGCUGUAUCUCCGACCAUCCUAUCCGAAACUGGACACGUGGAGCUGGGAGAGACGUCGUUACUCUCAAUGUGACCAAGCAUUACUAUCUACUUGACGGAAAGGGUGGCUGUUACGGCGGCAUGAAGCUCGCUGUUAAAGUCGAGAAACUUCCUCCUCCACCGAAAUCUGCGCCUGUCAAGAACGUUGGAUCAGUUUCCAUGGUCACAGGUCUCGCUCAGUUCAUGAUUCCGGCUGCUCUUUUCUCUGUUUCGACAAUGUGGGAUGCGUUCUUAAUGAUGUGGUAAAUGGUAGUGACCGAUCUCAGAGACUUUAGUUGGAUCCAAUCUCGAUUUGAAAAACCUCUUAUUCUUUUCAGGGAAAGCUUUUAAUUUAGUAAGUGAAAUCAGUUGAGAUCUUUAUCUUUGUAAUGUUGGAUUGUUGGUUCUAAUCUUUUGUUUUGUUUGUGUCUCCGAAUCAAUUGUUGAAAAAAGUUGUAUUUGAUUUAUUUGAGAAAUUAAUUA